GGGGGCGGGGAUAACAUGUAACCGAAGAGCACAAAUGUUCCUGAAGGGAUUCCUCGGAUUUUCCAACAUAAAAAAAUAAAAUAAAAUAAAUAAAAUAUAACUUUAGCAAAAUUUAAGAGGAAGGGCCGGGCUCCUACCCCCCACCUCUACCCUCCCCCUCUACCCUCCCCCCCCCCAGAUCCUCUACUUUUGGCACAAAUACACUUUAAAUAUUUACGUUAUUUACCAACCAAGUAAUUUAUAAGCGGAAGUGACGACACAGUCUCGUUUUGCAGGUGCCCCUGUUAUGUAUUGUUUUGUUGUUGCUAUGAGAAGGUGUUUGGAGGAACGAUGUUGUGAUCACAAAUAACACCACAAACUGUCUUUUUUUAACGGUGGUCACAUAAUCUGUGCUCUUCUAUCACAAUUUUUAAAAAAUGGCCAGCUACCUCAGGGAACUAAAUCGAGACGGUCUACCGUUAAUAUCUGGAACGAGACGAACAGCCUUUGAAAGUACAACUACAAACACUGCCAAUGCAAGGAAAAUCCGCGCCUUAGAACAAGAACUCGCGCUAGCACAUGGAUACCGCUCGUCAUCCCCAACUGCAGGGAUACUCAGAUACGACACAUCUACACAAGCCAGACGAUCCGCAAAUGAGCUUGAAGAGCAAUUGAGAUCAUACAGGGAAGAACUAAGGAAAAAAGAUGCACUUAUUCAACACUUGGCCAGUGUGGAUUCAGCCCCAACGAUACACCAUUCUCCAGAUAUCAGGCUGGAUACCUUGUACCAAGCAGAUAGGGGUUUGUUGGACACGACCCGUGGAGAACUGGCGGCGAUGCAGGUUAAAUUCGACAGACUGUCUAUACAGCUUCGAGAUGCUGAGAAUGAGUUGGAAGUGAAAACAGUUAAGAUAAAGGAAUUGCAAGCCAUCAUGGAUUCGAAUCGAUCGAAUGAGAUGAGAUUAAGUGAGCUGGUUCAGACAUUAAAGGACCGUGUUCGAGAGCUGGAGGACAAGGCCGGGUCGUACGAAUCAGUGGCAGGCCGCAGUGAGCUGGCUGUGCACUCUCUACAGCACGACUAUCGAGACCAGCAGGAGAGGGUGCAGGAACUGGAGACCAGGUUGAGAAAGCAGCUGGAGGAAAGGGAGGCUGCCGAGUCACGUUCACAUGUGAGUGAGAGGAAGUUGGCGGACAUCAUCUCACAAAUCAGUGGACUUCUACGCACAGACUCAUACCUCGAUCUAGACCCAUCAGAGAUUUCCGUCGACAUUGUCGUUAGAAAAGUUACGGACUUAAUGCAGGAGAACGCCAUGUUGAAGGGUAAGCUGUUGAACUUGAACGAGGCACUGACGAGCACAGAGUUGGAAACAAAGGCGAGCAGGGAGACCAUCAUGAGGCUGGUGUCGGAGGUGGGCCGGGAGCAGAAGGUUGCCACGCGGUACACUGCAGAGCUCGAGAACAUCAGGAUGGAACGAGACAAUGCACUGGCAGGAAAACGCGACAUGGAGCGUGAGAUCGACAUAAUGAAGGAACGACUCAAUGCGACUCAGCGAUCUCUGGAAGCGACACAGCAGGAACUAGAGCUGCGUCAAGGGCGACUCAGCCACCUGGACCGUGAAGUGCGCGAGACAUCUCACAAUGUUCACAGCACAGCCACACAGUACAGCCUAUUCCGGGAGCAGAUUGCGGCACUGCUUAGCAACGCAUAUACAGCCGUACACCCCAGUGAGGACAGCAUCAAGGAUGCAGUCAGGAACAUGAUGCACAAUAAUAAGGAACUCGAACAACAAGCCGAGUCGUUGGAUUCCCGAGUGAGAGUUUUGUCUGAACAGCUGGAGAACCAGAUACAACUUCAGCGUGAGAGUAAUCUUCGCGCCAAGCAGGCGGAAUCUGAUCUCAUGGACAUGCAGGCCCGACUACGCAGUGCCGAGGGGGAGCUGGUGGCUGGGGAUGUACUGAGGGACGGAUUCAAAACAGACAAAGAGACAUAUUUAAGAAUCCUGCAGAGACUGGGUGAGAAAAUGAAGAUGGAUCGCAUCUCCGUGGACCUGGGUUUGGACAUGACAAUGGAUGCGCUGAUAGCACGCGCAGAGCAGCUGGUGAAGCUGGAGAAUGAGGCGCUGGCCGGCCGCAGCACCCAGGUGUACAACCUGCAGCGUAAGGUCAAGGGUCUGCGGGAACAGCUGGAGAGCAAGGAGCUGCACAUCGACCUGCUGCGAAAGAAGAUGUCCACAUUGGAGGAGCGGCUGCAUGGGCGUGGGGACCUGCUCAAGGAGCGCGACAACGAGAGCCUUCGGACGAGGAAGCUCGAGAAGCUGGUAGACAAGUACAAGCUGCAGCUCAACGACACCAGGCAGGAGCUCAUCAACAUGAAGGCUCAGCUACUCGGGUCAUCAGAACUCCAGAUGAGGACUAUAGAACAGAGAAAAGACAUAGAAGAACUGGCCAAACAAGUGGAGGAGCUUGAGACCCUCCGGCGCCGGCAGGCCCACAAGAUCAGUGAACUGAAGAGCGAGUGCAAAGACCAUGCGUCUACGUACCAGGAGAAACAGGUGGUGUCGGAGAAUGCUGUACACGCUCUCUCCAGUGAGCUGCGGUCCACGAAGAACACGUUAGAUAUCAUACAGCAGAGAGAGAAACAGUUGGUUGAUUUCCGCAACGUUGUGUCGAGAAUGCUUGGUCUGGACAUGAACACUCUGGCUGUGCCCGACUAUGAGAUCAUCUCUCGUCUUGAGAAACUCAUCGGUGCUCACCACGCCCAGGUCUUCACAACGACCAACCUCGAGGAAGCUCUGGCAGACAUGGAAGAUGGCUUUGUCAGCGAUUACGAUGCUUCCCGUCGGAUCAUCGAGGGGACCGAUCCGCUCAUCAAACGCUCACGCGACCGGUCGAGGCGCAAGGCAGCCAAGGCGCAACUGAGAGCACGCUCACUGUCACCUCAGAGACGGGUGCGCGUGGCGGUCGAUCCGAGGGCUUACUAACUGGUGUAUUCACAAUCAAAAACAACAUAGCUUUAGUAUGACGCUCCUGUGAAAUAUCAGGGUUUUAUCAUGGGCACUGGGGGUUUAAUAUCUGUAAAGACAAAAACAAGAAUAAAAAGUUUGAAAUGUUAUAUUAUUCAACAUUGGGGUAAAACAAGAAUGACGAGUUUGAUUGAUAUGUCAUCUGAAUCAACAGAUCCCUAUAUUAAUACUGAAUCAGCAUUGGGCAUUGAGGACAAAACAGGAAUAACAUGAGCUGUUAAUUGAAUCAGCAGAUUUUUGUAUUAACACAGAAUCGGCAGAUUUCUGUGUUGAUAUUGAAUCAGCAGAUUUCUGUGUUAAUACUGAAUCAGCAGAUUUCUGUGUUAAUAUUGAAUCGGCGGACUUCUGUGUUAAUACUGAAUCAGCAGAUUUCUUUGUUACCAUUGAAUCAACAUCAUAAUAGUCAAUUUUAAUGCUAUAUAUUUGACCAGAAUAUAUUUUAAAGUCACUGUUCAAAGUUUUCAAAGUUUUCAAAGUCCUUUGUACUUUAACCAAUGUUGAUAUAUUGGCAUAAUAUUUGGUUUGAAAAGUAUCAAGACUUUAUUGGUAACCUUUAAAAAAAAAUUAACUAUAGCAAAAUCUUAAAAAUUAAUGUUGAAAUGAAAAUGCGAUGAUAAAAACAAUUAUAUGAUAAAAAAACAAACCUUGUAGAGAAUUCUGUGAUAUAUGUUCUAUCAUUCCUUAUUAGUACUGUUAUUUCAUUAUUACCACCAUACUUGAUUAAACUUUGUACAGUUGUUAGAAAUGUUUUAUUACAAAGUUAUUCUUCAUUCAAAUGUUAUAUGCUCCAAUACCUGUCUAGUUUAAUACAUGUAUGUUUAUAAGUUCAGUAUGAUACAUUUAUUAUUUAUGUAGAUGUACUUUGUAUUGUUAUAGUGUGCCUUUAGUACAACGACAUGAUUCAUAUUUACAUAUUUUGUACAUGUAUAUUUAUUUUAUCAUUUUGACUUUUAUUGAUUUAUGAUUCAAAUAUUUACACAAUAGUGAUAGUAAUGUUGCUAUUUGAUGAUUACAUAUACCCUAGAACACAUGAUAUAACGAGAUGAGGAUAAGUAUGGAUAAUCUGUGCCAGAACCAAAAGAUCAUGCCCUGUGCUUAUAAACCUUUUAGAGUCCAGACUCCAUCUUUAAUGACGUCACACACAUACAAUUUGUAUGGCGUUGUCAUGACAUUAGUGUGUCUGACUCUAUUAAGAGUUUCAAGUCUAGACUAAAAAAAUUAUAAGCACCAAACCAGAUCUAUUCUAUAGACCUGUGGUAUUAGCUCCUUUAAGAAAACGUGUGAUGUUUAGAUAUUGCAUGAAGUAAUUUAAUUUGUAAGAUAACGUAAAAUGAUUAAUCAAUACCUCAAGAUACCCACUUUUCCUUGUUCCUUUUCAGUAAGGUGUAUGGGUAAUAAUGACCAACUGAUUGAUGGGGAAUAUAAUUAUUUAAUAUGUUAACUGCACAAAGAUAGGUCAUGUCAAAUUAUUGGGGGAAAAGCAGGAGAAGCAUGGGUUAGAAAACAAAAUGUGUUUUUUUACCAGAGUUAUCCCCCUUAUUGAGCACAGUUAAGAGAUAUAUGUAUAUACAUGUAUAUAUUUAUUACAUUGUUUUUAAUUUAUAACUAUAUUUCUUUCACUAGUUAUUAAGACAAUUGAAUCUUGUAGGAAGGUAGAAAUCAAAUUAUAUCUAUAUGUGUCAGAUUUCAAAAAAUAUUUGUUUUUCAUAUUCAGUUAAUUCAUCAAUUGUUCAUCUAAUCUGUAUGACGUGAUUUUUCUUCCAACAUAAACCAUUAUGAAUGAUGCAGUCAUUUUCUACUUAUCAUUUAGUUUGUUUCAUUAACUGGGGUAACCAAGCAUUGGUUUUUGCAGUUAGGUAUACUUCACCAUAAGUAUAAAUAAAGACUGAACUUGUUUUUUAUGGGUUCACCAUGUUUAAACAAACUAUUUAUCCUUUAAUACUUUGCUGUCCUGAAUUUUGUCACAAUGUUAUAUCUUAUAUUUUUUUCUCUUAACAGUAACUAAUACUUAUAGAAUUAAUAUUUUAAUCCUGUUGUCUGUUCAUUUUAAGCAAUGGUUUUAAUUCUGUUGUCUGUUUAUUUUGAUGCCUGAUUAUCAUGUUUUAUUUCAGUGAUAUUUCGUCCUUUGUUACUGUGAUCUGUUUUUAUACAUACAUACAUACAUCUGCCUUUACUAUGUAUAUGUCAUAGACACGGUGCUUUACUGUCUCUCUCCUCGUCAAUGAGAUAAAAUAUUUGUAGGGUU